GGCGCGCACGGCAUUUUGCUGCGUCACGGGGCGCGCUCCGCCUCAGCUCCCCGGGCCCCAGGAGCUCGCGCCGCGCGGUGCCUUGUGGGAGUCAGGCCGUCGCUCGCCCGCCUGAGGGGACAGCGCGAGAGGCCGUCCGUCCGUCCGCCAGACCGACCGACCGACCCUCGACCGACCGACCGACCCUCGUCCAACCGCCGCCGCCCGCUCCCCGUUACCAUGCAGCCAGCCUCUGCCAAGUGGUACGACCGGCGGGACUACGUGUUCAUCGAGUUCUGUGUGGAGGACAGUAAAGAUGUUAACGUAAACUUUGAAAAGUCCAAGCUUACGUUCAGCUGUCUGGGUGGAGGUGAUAACUUUAAACAUUUAAACGAAAUUGACCUUUUCCAGUAUAUCGAUCCAAAUGACUCCAAGCAUAAAAGAACAGACCGAUCGAUCCUCUGCUGUUUACGGAAAGGCGAGUCUGGCCAGUCGUGGCCGAGGCUAACCAAAGAGAGGGCAAAGCUCAACUGGCUCAGCGUGGACUUCAACAACUGGAAAGACUGGGAAGAUGACUCAGAUGAAGAUCUGUCCAAUUUUGAUCGUUUCUCCGAGAUGAUGAACAACAUGGGGGGUGACGAGGACGUGGACCUGCCCGAGGUGGACGGGGUGGAUGACGACUCGCCAGACAGCGACGACGAAAAAAUGCCCGAUCUGGAGUAAAGAGGAAGCAUCGUCUUCGGGGUCUGGGAAGGAAAGGAAAAGAUCGAACGAACUUCAUCGCAAAACUUCAUAAUCGAGAGCAACUUCCUGAGCCGGCCCAGUUGCGGGAAGGCAGACGGUGACUUGCCCCUUUAACCCAUUUUCAACCUGUUUGUUUUAAGGCU